GUAGUCCACAAAACAUGAUCGUGAGGUCCACGAUUGUUAAAAAAAUACACAUCAUGGGCUAUCGCGGUUCGUGCGUAACAUGAAAUAAACACGAACCACGAUGUUAACAAACCUUUUCACAGUACUAUAGUGUAGUGUAGGUUUUAUCAGCAGCUUAAUUAUUUGGGACAAGAUCACAUCAAACUUACUGCCACAAUCAAAUCCUACUUACUGCCGCCAGUAUUUAGGAAGAAGUCAUUAUCUACAGACAACCGAUCGUUUGCUGAAAUUAACCAGCUUGUUAUUACAUGAUUUGUAUGAUGUAAACAACAAGUAAAAAAGAAGGAAAGGAAAAAGUGAACAUACGCAAAACAAAAAGUCCCACUCAUCUUGUUUUUUUAUUAUUACUUGACCUCCCUGUUAGGGUGAAGAUAAUAUUGGGAGGAGAUAUUUAUCUUCAGAUGUACAACCUUUUUUAAUUUUGUAGGAAAACAUUCUACUUGAGAUAAUGAAGCAAAAGGUAAAGCAAAGAAAUUCCUUCAAAAAAGGUGACCAAUGUGUUCAAAAUCCAGAUACAAGAAAAUUCCGAAAUCAAGUAAAGAAGAACGUUUUUACUCACAAAAAAUCACAAACUGGUUUAACCUUGGCUGCGUUGGAAAAGCAUAAUGAAAAAGUAGAGGAUGAGUUAGAUAUUGGUGAUUUGGCAAUUAGUGAAAAAACUGGAACAUCAGUACAGUCUAAAGCUUUUUCUAUCAGUGGAUUAACAGAUUGUUCCAACAUGACUUUUAGCAAAGUAAUGGAUCAUUGGAAUUCAGGAAAUAUUAUUGAUCAAGAGAAAUGUGCAAUUCUUGCUGCUGUUACAGAGGUUAUCCGUUCAAAGGGUGGUUCAGAAACUGAAUCAGAGUAUUUUGCUGCUCUAAUGACUGUUCUUGAAGCAAGUAAAGACAAUGAAAAUUCCAUCGUAGCCAUUUUGUAUCUCCUGAAUCUAGUUAUCAAAAGAAUUCCAACUACUUUACUGAAAGCUAGAUUCUCUGAAGUGUCAAAGUUGUUGUUGCAAGUGUUAGAAAAGUAUUCUGUUGAUGGGAAAACAUCACUUGUGGCUUGUGCCCUGGACUGUUUAACAACUACUUUGUCAGCACAAGAGUCAGCUGUGUGGAUGGAAUCUUCAACUCAGCAUUGUUUUCAAAUCAUGUUAAGGUUCACAACUCAUUCUAAACCUAAGAUUCGCAAGCUGGCUCACAAUUCAGUGAAGAACAUAACAAAGAUCAAUCUGAUAAACCAUCAAAAUCAUCCAAUUGGAACAGCUAUCACAAAAUUUUGUGUUCAUAUAUUAGCACAACAUACAUCAGAAAAUGCAGCAAUUUCUCACCACGUUUUAAAUUUGUUGAAACUGUGCAUUCAGUACUUGGGAGCAGAGAGUUUAAAAGAAAUUUGUGAAGCCAUAUUACGUAUGCUAACAAUUAAUAACCCAAUUAUAAAAACAAAUUCCAUGCAAACACUGCAUGCUUUGUGCACUGCUAACCCGCCUGAAGAAAACUUUUCUGCGGAGUUAAAUGCUAAGCUAAUAUCUGCUUUGUAUGAUUUCCAACCCAGCAUCAAUGAUCCACACGUUACUAAUGCUUGGCUUGCACUCAUGUUGGCUGCACAUUCAAAUCUGUCAUUAAUAAAUGAGAAAUCAUGCUUGAAGCUUUUACCAAGAUUUUAUGGCACUGCAAUGACCUACUUUACGUCUGAUCACCGUGAAGUAACAAAAGCAGCCGCUGACAUCAUGAAGGAAACAAGUGAAAAAUGCUUAGAACCAAUAAUGGACACUAUUGAAGAAGACAUCAAAAUAAAAGAUUCGUCAUUCUGCAAAAUAUUCAAAUUAAUAGAAUCUGGUCUGCGUUAUAAGUACCAACCAGUGUGGGAUAUAGUGCUGCAGUCGUUACAGUAUUUAUAUUCAAAAUUUGGAAAACAGUGUGCCUCUGUUAUGAUUAACAGUGUAACCAGUCUAAUAGACCUGCAUGCUAGCCCUGCAUUUCCUUUCAUGUCUAGUUUAAAUAGAGCUAUAGGAGCUGCUUUCAAGACUUUUGGACCUCAGAUGAUUUUAAACGAGAGACCAUUAAAACUUGUGAGACAAGACGACCAAUGCGACUUCCCACUUGCUUGGCUGCUUCCUGUUAUGAAGGAUUGUAUCCAAAACACACAGCUGGCUUUCUUUAUCUCCUACUUUCUUCCUAUGGCGGCUACAUUGAGAGGCAAAGCAUUAAAGUGUAGAGAGUCGAAGCAAGACUUAGAAGCUAAAGUGUAUGAAACGCUAGUUACUCAGAUUUGGGCUUUAUUACCUGGAUUUUGCACCAAUCCCACCGAUUUGAAAGAGUCUUUUAAAAGUAUUGCGAAAAUCUUGGGAACGGCAUUGAUGGAAAGAAAUGAUCUGCGACCUCUGGUAUUGCAAGCCUUAAGAACAUUAAUUAACAGGACGCUUGAUGAAGAGGAGUUAACAGUUAUUGGAAAGUUUGCAAAGAAUUACAUGCCUAUUCUAUUUAAUUUGUACACCUCCAACGAUGAGAACUGUAAAGCCAUAUCACUGUCCAUUCUUGAAACAAUCAAAGCAUUUCUUGUUGUUGCAGAAUCCACACUUGUACAAACAUUCGUAAAGAAGAUAUUUGAAAAACUUAAAGAAGAAGACUCUGCAGAGAAAAGGCAUCUUUUGAUGGAUUUAGCAGUAUGUAUGGUGAAGUACUCAACAGAGGAACAAGUACGAGGUUUAUACCAGCUUGUCACUGGUCACGUGCAGGACAAGGAUAAAAGCAUGCAAAAGAAGGCUUAUCGUAUACUGGAAGAAAUCUGCUCCAGUAAUUCUGAAAGUUGUAAAAAUUUGGUGGAAGAAAAAUUUGACGAGUUAAAGUCAGUGUUGGUGGAUUCGUUAUCAAGUGCAGUUCCGUCUUCAAAAGCUCCACGUCUUGGUUGCAUUUCUUCUCUUGUGAAGAAGUUAUCAAAUGAGAAUAAAGAUUUCUUACAAGUAAUUAUACCUGAGGUCAUUUUAUGCACCAAAGAAAUUGGUGUUAAAGCCAAAACAGCUGCUUUUGAUUUGUUGGUUGAUAUUGGAUCAUCAUAUGUUUUUUUGAGUACUCUACCCAAAGAAGAGUGUAUUGAGCAGUAUUUCCAUUUCGUUAUGGCUGGCUUGGCUGGCUCCCCUCACAUGAUCAGUGCAACGCUACUGGCUUUCACGAAACUUGUUUUUGAAUACAGAUAUUGCAUAUCAGCGAAGCUAGUCGCUACAUUGCUCGAUGCUGCUAUAACAUUAUUGAAAUCAAAAACAAGAGAGGUCAUCAAAUCCUGUUUACUUUUCAUCAGGGCCGUUGUCAAAAUCCUAGAUGCAAAUGAACUAUCUGGACACUUAGAGAGCUUGAUCAAGAACUUGUUUGUGUGGAACACGCAGAAUAGCAGUGCUUACAGACAACAAAUCAGACGAAUCCUCGAAAAACUCGACAAAAAAUGCGGUUAUCAUCUGGUGAAGUCUCUUGUUCCAAACGAGCACAAACGAUUUAUCGUUCAAAUUCACAAAACAAUUGAAAGAACAAAAAGACAAAGAGAGGCAUAUCGGAACUCUAAAAAUAACUCUGAAGAGUCUGAGGACGAAACUACAAAAGAAACCACGUGGGAUGAUGUACUUGCAGAUUCAGACGAAGAAGAAAACGAAGACAAGAAGAAAAUAAAACAACAAGAAAAAAAACAGAAGAAAUCUAAGCAUGCUAAAACAUGGAUUGUGGAGAACGAAGAAGGGGUUGACUUACUUGAUCCGACAGUUGCUAAAAAUAUUGUUGCAACAAAACCAAAGCAUAAAAAGAUGAUCAAACAUGAUUUUUCAUUCUCUUCGGAUGGUAAAAUCGUCGUCAAAGAUGAAGAAGAGGAAAUCGAGAACAAUGGUGAAGCAGCAUUAGAUGUUGGAGAAAAAGAUAUUUUAGGAGGAUAUGACAAGACACCAAAGCAGAUGAAACUGGGUAAAAGAAAGCGUAUGGAAGAUAUGCCAGAAGACGAGAACGUGUUUCAAAAGUACGAACAUGGUGGAGUUGGUAUUCAUCGACAUCGAGAUACAGAUGAUUCUGGUAAAAAGAAGUUAGGAGCAGAUUACAAAGCUAAGAAAGCUGGAGGUGAUAUGAAGCUGAAAGGGAAGCCUGACCCGUACGCUUAUAUUCCACUCGAUCGACAAAAGUUAAAUAAAAGAAAAAAGGCGAAACUUUCUGGUCAAUUUCAUGGAAUGGUUAAGGCGACCAGGAAAGGAGCUGCAGCUGCUAAUAAAUACAAAAAGAAAAGAAAGUGAAAGUAUUUUGUAAACGUUGUUUUUACUUGAAAUAUUUUUUACAUACAA